AUGGACGUUACACUCGCCGCCGGCAACAUUGAAGCUCACUAUGUCCGUGGAAUCCAGGAGUACUUCCACAAAAACAAUGCAACAGUGUGUCUCGCCCAUCUCAAAAUCGCAGCUCAAGGUUCGUAUGACAACGGGAUCUACCUUUACGGAAUGAUUAUGUUAUGCAGGGGACAAGAAGAAGAAGGAAAAGCUAUGGUGGAGAAGCUGGGUUGGAGACAAAACCCGAUCCGUGUGGACGAAAGCUGGAAAAACAUCAAGCGCUCUCUUCAUGGAAUUACUGUUACAACCCUAGACAGUUACCUUACUGCAUACGAAACAUCAAUGGAAACAAUCAACUGCCACCUAGAAGACAUCAAUGCUCGCUGUGCUACAUGCUUCUACUUCAAGCAGAUUACCAAAUUCGUUUUCAUUAUCUAA